AUGGAAAGUGACUGUGGCUCUACUAAGAACUUACUCACAACAAUGGCACAUAUUUCUAUGUUCUGCAUCAUCAUUGCUUGCGUCCUUCUUCCAAACCUCGUCGAAAUGAAGCCUUAUAAGAAAUCUGAGAAACUUCCAUUACAUAUCGAUGCAGAUGGAUCUUGGAAUAUCAAGUAUGGAGGACUGACAGUGGGGAAGAACGAGAAGGGAGUUGUCAAGGUGGGGUCUGGUCUGUGUGUGACAACCUUCGAUCUGUCGAAACCGACUACUGCGGAGUUGUCUUCGAAGAAGGGAUCUCGACAGGUGGACACUGUCUGCAAACGUCCUGAUCUGAAGAAGGUGGGUAAGAAGAUUCAAAGUUUGAAGAAGGAUAUCAAGGAGGCGAAGGAGGCGAAGACAAAGAAGGCUUAGAUGUGUUGUAUGGAGGAAAUUGAGUGAUUUGUUUACUAGACACAGUCGCAUAUACAAAUACUCAAUAAAUGAAUGAUAAAUAAAUUCGGAU